CAAAAAAGAUUAAAUCUUGAAACUUUUUGCUGAAAUUUUUAUUCUUUUUGGGAGUUCUAAAAAUUCAAGAAAAAUGCAUUAUUGGUCUCCUUCGUUAGAUGUUGAUCAUGAAUUUGAAAAGCUUGUUAAUCGUAUGCAUCCACCAAGGGUUACUGUUGAUCAUGUCACUGACAAAAAUUCAACGUUGAUUAAGGUUGAUAGUGCUAAUAAGAGAGGAAGCUUAUUAGAAGUGGUUCAAGUUUUGACUGAUUUAAAUCUGUCAAUUAAAAGAGCUUACAUUUCUUCUGAUGGUGGAUGGUUCAUGGAUGUGUUUCAUGUAACCGAUCAAUAUGGAAAUAAGCUUUCUGAAGAUAAUGUGGCAGAUCGAAUUCAGCAGUCACUUGGACCACGAGGGUGCAGCUUCCGGUCCCUAAGAGGUUCUGUGGGGGUUCAGUACGCGUCCGAGAACACUACAAUCGAGCUAACAGGGCGCGACCGUCCCGGCUUACUUUCGGAGGUUUUUGCGGUUCUUACUGAUCUCAAGUGCAAUGUGGUUGCUGCUGAAAUAUGGACUCAUAAUUCAAGAAUGGCUUCAAUUGUCUACAUUACCGAUGACGAAACUGGCCUUCCAAUCGAUGACCCUGAGCGGCUUGCUAAAAUCAAACAGCUUCUACUUUAUGUUCUAAAAGGUGAUUUAGAUAGGCGUGGUGCACAGACGGCGGUUUCUGUGGGGUCUACUCAUACACAAAGGAGGCUGCACCAGUUGAUGUAUGCCGAUCGUGAUUAUGAUACAGAUGAAUAUGAUGUAUCUGAGGGGUCCAGCAGCAAGAAACCGCGUGUUACUGUAGAGAAUUGUGUUGAAAGGGGGUACACAGUGGUGAAUUUAAGGUGCCCGGAUCGACCUAAGUUACUAUUUGAUACAGUUUGCACUUUAACGGAUAUGCAAUACGUGGUCUUCCAUGCUACCAUCAUCGCUGAAGGCACGGAGGCAUUUCAGGAAUUUUACAUCCGGCAUACAGAUGGAUGCCCAAUUAGUUCAGAAGCAGAGAGACAACGAGUAAUUCAUUGCUUGGAGGCAGCUAUCAACAGACGAGUUUCUGAGGGCCUAAGACUGGAACUAUGUGGUGAAGACAGGCUCGGUUUAUUAUCCGAUGUGACUAGGAUUUUUAGAGAGAACGGGCUCUCAGUGACUCGGGCUGAAGUGACCACAAGAGGAUCUGAAGCUAAAAAUGCUUUCUAUGUAAUAGAUUCAUCAGGCGAUCAAGUUAAAAGUGAAACAAUUGAAGCAGUUAGAAAUGCAAUUGGUGAGACCGUACUUAAGGUGAAGGAAGACGAAAGAUUGACAACUUCAAAGUCACACAGGCAACAAACAGGCGGGUUUUCAUUGGGUACUCUUUUUAGGAAUCGAUCCGAGAAGUUCCUUUACAAUUUGGGUCUGAUUAAAGCUUGUUCAGAAGUGGCUUAAGUCAGGCCUAGUAAAGAAGUUAGUAGUAUGUUAGCUAAAACCUGUUUCUUUUUUCUUCUUCCUAAAGUGUAGAUUUAUGGUUGUGUGAGUCUCAUUUAUGUAACUAUAGAGUCACUGUAUAUAUACAUACAUGAAUGAAUGGCUUUUUAACUUUGUAAAA